GCCGCGCUUUCGUUUUCGGUUUGGAGUAAAAACAACAAUAACAACGUGGUAACGUUAGCUGCGAUGAACGAGUACCGGAUUUUCCUGACGGGGGACGAGGCCAGCACGUGGCGGCGGCUGGUGGGCCGUUACUUCUGGUUACCGGACAGUCAGAUCAUCUCACACCUGGUGCAGGUACACGGGCUGUCGUGUAAAGAUUACUGCUCACUGGACAGAAAACUUGAAACUGAAGAAAAAAAUGUAGAACAAGAAGCAGCUGAUCCAUUGGUCAGUGAAGCUGUAGGUCAAUACAGAAAUGGUGGAUCACCAAGCAACGGGACUGCAGACAGUGAGAGAACGCUGGGGGGCAGCACCACUAUACAGAUGCCAAAGGUCAUGGAGGUCAAUGAGUCCUGCUCUCCGAGAUUCAGCCAAUCAGAUCCUACGACAGCCAGUGUCAGUGACCAACAGACGCAUACUCCUACUGUAGAAGACAUGUCUACAGUCAGCAAGGAGGAUCAUCAGUCUACACCCACCACUCAUCCUUUUUCCCCAGUGAUAAUCAGUGUAGAAUCACUAGCUAAUGCCAGUAACGAGGAUAGUUCACCAUUUCAUCAGUCAGCAGCUAAUGCCAGUUAUGAGAAUUACAGUUCUUUGGUUCGUCAGUCAGCAGCUAAUUCCAUUAACGAGGACAAUUCAUUGCUUUGUCAGUCAGUGGCUCUGCCUGCCUCUAGCAUGGAGGUGUUGGCCAACAGUAAACCAAUCAUGUUCUUGGUUAAAAACAGGCACAACUGUAGUCAGAUGGGGACACAGUCUGCUGGGAUCAAAGACAAGGAGCCAGAAAAUUCAGAACCAGGAACACAGGGAAGUGAGCGGGGGCCCAACACUAAAUUGUCUUCAACAGUCAACAACAUUCAAGGAUCUGAAGAGGUACCCUGCCCUCCCCCAACGGUGGACCAGUCUGAUUCAUCAGAGUCUGACCCUGGCUACAAGUCUGCUGAAGCACCACACCAACAUUCCUCACCAGUAAACAAACCACUGAGAUGUAAAACAACAGUCCGGUUGGAAUAUGGUACUAAAAAUCCUUCAAAAUGUACAGUCACUAAAUCCAAAGAAAUUAAGGAAAAAGAAUCAGAAGAAACCUUUGGAAAAAAGAAGGACAGUAGAAAGAGACCAGAUAGAUUUUGUGUUUAUUGUCAAAAGAUUGUCAAAUGUGGAAAGCUGAGCCGCCAUAUAUCUCUUUCACACAAAUUGGAGCCAGAGGUGCAGGCCAUACUAAAGAAGCCAUUAACCACACGGAUAAAAUUCUUCAUUGCCAAACGACGUGAAGGGAUUUACCAAUACAAUCUCCUGUCUAUCAAUGGUAAUAAAAAAAAACCAUUGAUGAGAGAAAGAAAUACCUUGCGUAGAGACAACCCAAUUAAAGUGUGCACGGACUGUAAAGGCUUCUUCUCCAAAUCCUGCUUCUUCAGGCAUAAAUGUGUUGGGGAUGACAUUUCCCCCGAGUCGAGGAGACUCAUGGAAAUUUUCACAGAAAACAUGGAGGAAGAUUCAGAUUUCCAAGACAUCCUCACUGUGUUUGUUCAAGGGGAGAUUGAUGAGUUCUGGAGAAGCAACAACCUGAUGAAAACCAUUGCAUAUCAGUAUUAUAACACUCACCACAGGAAAAGGGGAAAAGAAGAGGAAGUGAGACGGACUACAAUCAGAGAUGUGAGGGAAUUAAGUCGGCUGUUUUUCCAGUUUCGUGUCAUGUGUGCUACAGGAAAGGCAGUAGAAGACAUGUUUGACACAGACAAUAUGAAGGACUUGAUGGAGGCCAUGAAACUGUUGGAGGCCCUUAAUGGAUCUAGUCAAUCUCUGGAAGCUGAGUCAUCUCUACAUAAUGUAGUUUUACGAUGUGUGAAAAGCCUUGAGGAUUUCUAUACACACACCAUGCAGUUUAAAAUGAAGAAGGAACUGAGGAAAUUCAAGCUAGCCUACACAAAGAUAAAUCCAAAGGCAAUCACAAAGAAAUGUAAUAGGAGGAAGGAGCUGUCUGUUUGUUCAGAGACUACAGUCGAGGCAGAGGUAGGAGAAGGCAAUAGCUCGCCUGAUCUAGUCACCAAGGAAACAAGAACUGAACAGGGUCCAUGCAGUGAUGUAUCAAUGAAGAAAUCCGGAAAUAAGGAAGAGGCUGUCUAUGAGGGUGAAUCAAUCAAUACGUCAUGCAGAGGAUCAGCAAAUGUACAGGACUAUGAGGAAGCUAGCUCUGAUUGUCCAUCUGAUGAGACAUCGAGAAGGAAAUCAGGAAGGAAACAAGUCUCUAAAACAUUUCCUGAUGAAGUGAAUGGUUCGGCCAAAAAGAUCCGACUGGAUAAUGUCAAUAGUGAGGCUAAGGCACUGACAAUGAAAACCAGGGGUUGUUCAGUAAAAUGGUCUAGAGAAGAAACCCACCUGUUGAGGCGUCAUUUUCAUAGCUACAUAUACACACAGAAUGAUAAAGAUGACAACACUGGUAAUCUACCAGGUAAGAAAGAAGUCCUGGCGUUUGUGAAGGCCCACACUAUCGGCUGUAUUAACGAGCUGAAUGAGAAAACACAAGUUCAGAAAAUCAGGACCAAAAUUUUCAAUGAACGAAAAACAUCGCGGGAAAAAGGACGAAAGAAACUACGUGAAAUGGAGGCUUUAAAGCUGACUGUUACCUGAGUAAACACAAAUUAUAGACUCAGGGACGUUAAUUGAUUCAAGGAAAAAAUCACAUUCUGAACUCAAAAGAAAAAGAAGAUAUGAAAGGGAAAGGACCUUUAAAAAGUUAAAAACAGAGAAAGAUACAUGUAGAGAAAGAGAGUUAACCACCUUGUGAAGAAGAGAAUAACUCCCCAAACUUGAACUUAUGAAUCAUUUUAUAUAUACUGAAAUGAAGUCUGGUAUACAGAUUUAUCCUAUUAAUAUCUAGGUCAAGUACCCUUUAGGGUAAGAUCGAGCAAUUUUUGACAGAAUUAUGCUUCUUGGACUUAGAAAAAUUCCAAUUACUUGCAAUUUCUGUUCAUGUUCUUCGCAAAAUGUUUCAAAAACAUGCCUUGUUUAGGAAUAUAUUCUGUAAGUCUUGUCAUAUCAAAAAAAUCUUAACUACUAAUUCACUUUUGAUUAGUAAAAAUGUGCAUUAUUUUGAUGAUUUUGUGGAAUGUUUCAACAAUAUCUUCUAUAAACGAUAUAUAUUUCUUUCCCAAGCAAGAACUUCAAAGUUUAUGACUUAAUAAAGGUUUUUUCUUAAAAA